AUAAAUCCUCAAAGACGUCAGAUAAUAGACUUAAUGAAACUGACAUAAAUAACCAAAAUUUUGACGCAAAUAAUGUUAGCUCUUCGUCUAACGUAAAUGAUAAAGAGCUAAAUUUGGUUACGUCACUUGUAUUGAUAAAUAGUAAUGAAGAAGUAGUCAUGCAAUUUAAAACACUAAAUGGAAAUGAUGAAACUGAUAUAAAUGAACAAAACGAAAAAUCAACCAUAAAUACAAUAGAUGAUGAAACCAAUCAGGGAGCAACAAAAGCCUUUAUGCGAAAAUGGAGCAUUAAGCAUGUCUUCAGUAAACGAAAGAAGAAAAUCAAUAAUAAAUCAAAUUAUUCUAUAAAACAUGAAGAUAAAGAUAUUCCAAAUAGUACUUUUAAAGAAGAAAAGAAAAAUUCUGACAAUAAUCCUGCUGUUAUUUCUAAUGAGGGCAGUACAUUAUCAGAUCAAAUUGAUGAUGCAAUUAUAACUUCACAAGACGAACAGAUAAUAGACUUUCUAGUAAUUCCACCUAAUCAUUUUAGUGAAAAUAUAGUGACCACUUGCUUUCAUUUAAUUAUGCCAAAAGAAGGCUUAAAUAAAAAGUCUAUGGUGUUUGUUAUCGGUAACAUUAAGGAAUUAGGGAAUAGAAU